UGCAAACAAAUGAACUGAUAGCCUCUGCUGCUUUUAAUUCCAACCAAAAUGAAGAUCCCUGCAUUCCUGAUGAGAUUCCCUCACCAUUAUUUUUCUGGAAGGACUUGCUUCAAGAGCUUUCACUGCAAUACCAGAUCAGAUUUUUUGUGCACUGGCUCUCUUGCACCAGUGCACCUGUAUUAUACAAAACACAUGUUUUCAUUAAAGAACUUGAAGAGAGGGCUGUGUCAUCAAGCUGCCGUUGACCAGCAGAUAGAGGCACUUUCUGACAAAGAGCAAGGACUUGUAGACAGACUUUACAGUGGACUAAUACAAGGUCAUAGAGCCUGCCUAGCGGAAGCCAUUACCCUUGUAGAAUCAACUCACCACAGGAAAAAGAAAGUAGCCCAGGUGCUUCUUCAGAAGGUAUUAUCCUACCACAGGGAACAAGAAAAGUUAAAUCAAGGAAAGCCACUUGCCUUUAGAGUGGGAUUGUCUGGUCCUCCUGGUGCUGGGAAAUCAACCUUUAUAGAAUGUUUUGGGAAAAUGCUUACAGAAAGAGGGCACAAAGUGUCCGUGUUGGCUGUAGACCCUUCCUCUAGUACAAGUGGUGGUUCAUUGUUGGGUGAUAAAACGCGGAUGACUGAAUUGUCGAGAGACAUGAAUGCAUACAUUAGACCAUCGCCAACCAGAGGGACAUUAGGAGGUGUGACAAGGACCACGAAUGAAGCUAUCCUGCUGUGUGAAGGAGGAGGCUACGAUGUUGUUCUUGUGGAAACAGUAGGUGUUGGACAGUCAGAAUUUGCUGUGGCUGAUAUGGUUGAUAUGUUUAUAUUGCUACUACCACCUGCAGGUGGAGAUGAAUUACAGGGUAUCAAACGAGGUAUAAUAGAGAUGGCAGAUCUAGUUGCUAUAAAUAAAGCUGAUGGUGAUUUAAUUGUGCCUGCACGGAGAAUACAAGCUGAAUAUGUUAGUGCUAUGAAGCUACUUCGCAAGCGAUCAAAGGUUUGGAGACCAAAGGUAAUGCGUAUUUCAGCUAAAACGGGAGAAGGCAUCUCAGAUAUGUGGGAUAAAAUGACAGAAUUCCGUGACCUCAUGCUCAUGAGUGGUGAGUUGAUUGCCAAACGCCGGAAACAGCAGAAAGUGUGGAUGUGGAAUCUCAUCCAAGAAAAUAUGUUGGAACAUUUCCGAAGUCACUUGGCAGUCAAGGAUAAGAUUCCACUUUUAGAAGAAAAAGUUCUUAGUGGUGUCUUGUCUCCUGGACUGGCAGCUGACCUCCUACUGAAAGCAUUCAAAGGUGGUCUCUAAGCAUAUAUAUUCUAUUGUGUUCUUGUUAAGCGUUAUAUGUAAAUUUGAACAUUAAAUGCAGUUUUUCUGUG